GCAUCGGUCGUGGAGUAAAGUUCUCCAUCGGAAUCGAAGUUCCAACGCGUACAUUCAAUAUCGGUUAACUGCUAAGCUUAUGUUAGAAACUACGCUGCAAUACUUUAACUAACUUAAAACUUGUGUGCUAAAUCAGCAAUAACUCUAUAGUCUGUAGGGCACAUGACCGUACAUGUGCCUGUUGAUAUCAGCACUUCACUCAUCGAAUAGGAGACAUUUUCUAGUUAGUGAUCAAAGGAAAUUGAAAUAGUGUACCAGAUCUUGUAGUGUCUUAACAGUGAUUCACCUAAACCUAGUGCCUAUAGCAAACAAUCGGCUAGUGAAAUGAAGUUAACCAUUUGUGAUGAAUGAUUCAUGCUUUAAAUUGUACGGUGAUCCAAAGUGAAGAAAAAGAGCAAUCAGCAAUUCAAUCGUGUCUCGACAUUUUAGUUCACCGAAAAACCAGAUCGCUAGGAAGGACACUCGGGCGAAUCCAAACCGCCUCCCGGGUGCGACCAAUUUCACGGAUUAACUCAACUGUUUGUUAGUGUAUCGAGCAGAGCAAAAUUGAUCGGUUAAUCGUAAUGAUUUCUGGCGGAAUGAAUCUGGAUCCAGCCGAGUCGACUCACAACACUAAAGUAUCCGAGUCAGGAUGCUCCAACAGUGGCAACAGUCGUUCGCAGUGGAGUGGUAGUGGUCGGAGCUGUUUAUCCAGCAGCAGCGGUUACGGAACCCGAGGACACUCCAGACCUGAUGUAGUCGCGAUUAAAGCUCACCGCUUGAUCAAGCGCGCCAAGGAUAAGAAUCGCAAAAAGAAGAAGAUAAAAUGCUCGACCGAAUCCAUUGUCACGGGCUCGAGUCUAGGCGAAAACGAAUCGUUUUUGGCUUCUCAAACAGACAACACCGACCAGCAGCAUCAGUUUAUUGUUCCACCAACGGAGGCUAUUGCUUCGACCUCAAGCCCAAAGGAGGCUUGUGAUAAGAAAGAGAAUUCUUCCUGCUUAAUGGAUAGUGAUACCUUGAAAAAGUCGGUUCGAUGGACCUCACCGAGACCGUUGGACACCAAAUUUGAGUUCCAGGAACCAUGGGUCAGCGUGGAAGAUCAAUUCCGCAAUGAAACAAGCCUACCGGAAUCGGAUAAUGGAUUCUGCUGCGUAAUAUCUCUGCAGGAUGGUGCAGUUUUAUAUACAACACCAGACAUUACCCACAGCCUGGGCUUUCCGAGGGAUAUGUGGCUCGGCAGAUCCUUCAUUGACUUCGUUCAUCCCAGAGAUCGGGCGACAUUUUCUAACCAAAUUACCUCGAACGUGAUGCUCGCCCUGAGUGAUUCUAAUCAGAAAGAACAAACAAAUUUUCUGUACGUCAUGUUACGGAAGUAUCGAGGAUUAAGGAAUGUAGGUUUCUGUAUUACCAAGUCUUCCGUAAUCUACCAACCGUACAGGUUGACUUUAAUGUUCCGGAAGGCACCUUUAGAAGGCAAAGAACUUACGAGCUCGAAGAGUGCCACGAAUAUUAUACUAGUGAUCUGCGCUCAACCGGUUUUUAGUAUUUAUAAAGAGCCUAAUGAAUCGUUGGACAAUAAACAACUGCGGUUCAGCACCCGCCACACGAUCGGUGGAAUACUAAAAUAUGUGGAUGAAAAUUCUGUCAAAUCAAUCGGCUAUUUACCGCAAGAUAUUCUCGGCCGUUCGAUAAUGGAACUUUAUCACCCCGAGGAUAUAUCCAUAUUCAAGAAAGCAUGUGAAUCGGCAAUCAUCAAAGGUCAAAUCACUGGCUCAUGGGUGAGUCAGCCUUGCCGAUUUCUAAUAAAAAAUGGCUGCUAUAUUCCACUGCAAACGGAGUGGAUCAGCUUUAUCAACCCGUGGAAUAAAGAGAUUGAGUUCAUUAUUGGUAACCACCAUGUACUUAGAGGGCCAUCAAAUCCCGACGUAUUCGCUACUGGCGUCUCGGAACUCGGAGCAUUGCACAGCUUUCCGGAAGAGCUUCUCAAGGAGGCGAAGUCGGUGGAAGAACAAAUUGUACAACUUUUGAAAAGACCGAUCGUUGAGUCCCCAAGUGAGAAGAAGCAAAUAUUUUCAAAGCAAUGCAAAACGUUAAACGCUUUCAUGGAACAAAUAAUCAGUGAGAUGACCGGUUCCACACUCCCUAGCAAUUCUGAAUUUACUUCUUCUAAGCGCGACUCUAUGAUCAUUGGAGAGGUAUCUCCACAUCAUGAAGGAUUGGAUAGCAAAACCACAUCCGACACCCUGCUAAGCUAUAAUCAGUUGAACUAUAAUGAUAAUAUUCAGAGAUUUUUUGACAGUUGCCCAGUCAUUAACGUAUGUGAUCCUUUAAAACCUGGCAGUUCUACGGAUGUGAAUCUAUUUACUAUAGGAAAUAAAGAUGAAAAACGAAAUAAAAAUUAUUUCCAACCGCGAGCCUUAACCGAGGAAUUACUGUACAAACACAACGUAGAUAUGCAAAAAGUUAUGCUAAAGAAGCAUCGUGACGCACAACAUGUCCUAUUUCGGGGCGAAACCCCAAAGGAUAACUUUGACAAAACCCUCGCCCCCACUGAAAGCCAUGGAAUCAAGCGAGGACCGUCAUUCUCCUGGGAGGGAGAUACAUCGAAAUCCGUCAAACAUCAGCACAACACAAAUCCCAAAACGAGCGAUAUAACAACAGCAAUUUGUACUUCCACUGAUCCACGGGAUAUCAUCGUGACUACCACAGCGGUCACAAACAACCCCCAACUAUCGUCACUCUCAUACGCACUUCCCCGCGUGGGUCAAGUGUGGCCACCAAUUGCAGUGAGUGUUUCAUCUAUGCAGGCCAAACCCAGCACUGCACCUUCCAGCUUCAUACUAGCGACGAAUCAUCAAUCCAACAACCCAAACAAUCCCACUCCAGAGCAUCUGAACGCAUUCCCGCUCAUGACCGGUGUGAUGUGCCCCCAGCUGCAAAUCCCUCAACAGUGUCUGAUAUAUCCUUUGUUGAUGUGUCAAGUAAUGCCCUGUCAAUCGAUUCCUAUUCCCUGUGCACCUGCCACCGACGACGAUCAUAAUCAAGCGAAGAAAUCAACAGUUAGCAGGGCUGUACAAGUGGACGUUACAACCCAACCGGGCGAACGGGGCGGUAGAGCACCUUCAGCACCAUCUACAACAUCGGCACCGGUAUGUGACUUCCGUGAGCCGAGUCAGGACUCGAAUUUCACUAGGGGAAGUAUUGCACCUGCAUUGAUGUUAGAACGGACACUAGUAAUCAACGUCGACGGAGGCUUCCAGCUAGAAGAUACCGAUAAACCAGCCAGCCGUAGAACCAUCUAUCCUCCACCGGAAAUCAACGACGACAUGGAUAUUUUAAGUUUGUCUAGUUUCUACUCAAGCUUCCUGAAGACGGAUAACUCGUCCGAUAGUGACGAUCCGUUGAAACGGAUAGUCAACGAUGGCGACUGGGACAGCGCGAGCCGCGUAAAACGUCGUCCCAAUCCACCAUGGCUGGAUAAUGUCAACCUAACGAAGCAGCUGGUUUAUCGCUAUCAGGUAGCCGAACGUUCCCUGCAAGAUCUCCUGGCGGCCGAUGCGGAUGUGUUGAGAAGACUCAAUCAGCCGAUCUUAGUAAACGAACAGCUGGACCAGUUGUAUCUGGAUUUGGCGGGCGAAGGAAUGUCCGCCCAAUUGGCACUAAGCGAAACUGCAUCCGGUGGCACCAGCAGCAGCUGCAGCGACGAUGGCGAAAGCAGUCAGGAUCAAACGAAAUUUGCCCGACAAAGCACAAAGUACAGCAAACUGAUGAUGAUCUACGAAGAGAACGCUCCGUUUCCGCCUCCUCUUCCAACAACUAAGACACAGAAAGUUUAGCGUUGAUUUGUACUCUUGGACAUUUUUAUUAUUCGUUUGCUUCACAGCAGUAUUAGCUGCCCUUGAAGGUGCUCUCGCACAACCAUGUAUAAGUAAGCUUGGCUCAACAUAACAGAACCAUUUUCAUAACCUUUGCAACUUGAAAUGAGUGAGAAUGUGCUAUCUAUUUGGUACUAGCACCCGAACGCUGUGUCUUAUUAUCGUUUCUAAGUGUAGUUUUUAGGAACGUUACAGUUUUCGAUCAAUAUUGAUUGCCUGCAAUAAAUAUAGACGUUUUAACAAA